AUGGCAGACCAGUGCUUAAGGCAGGUGUACAAUGGAGGAUGGGUGAUGGUUCCAGGUGUACAAUGGAGGAUAUGUGAUGGUUCCAAGGUGAAUAUUUGGCAUAAAUGGAUCCCAAACUGUCAGCAAUUCUUAAUCCCCAAGCCAGAUAAUUGUAUUUUUGAAUAUGUGUCUGACCUUAUUGAUUCCAAUACUAGAGAAUGGAUGACUGCAACCAUUCAUGCUAUUUUCUCCCCGGAAGUAGCCCAACAGGUGCUAUGCAUCCCUCUUGGUAGGAGAAAUAUGGAGGACAAGUUGAUUUGGGGCCCAGAGAAGAAAGGCUUCUAUUCUGUUAAGACUACUUACUUGAUUGCUCGUGCUUCUGUCCUAGAAAAUGUUCUUGUCUUUUCCUCUAAUGGAAAUCCAUUCAAACAACUCUGGAACAUAAUAUGGAAAGCACAAGUGCCAGGUAAGGUAAAAAUCUGCAUUUGGAGAGCAUGUUGUGAUCUGUUACCUACUAGAGCAAAAUUAUGCUCUAAAGGUUACACGGGGGAUCUACAUUGUCUACUGUGUGCAUAUCAAUAUGAAGACAAUUCUCAUGUCUUUUGCAAGUGUCCAGUUGCAGUUUCGAUACUUACAGCCCCACCUUUUAAUUUAGGCAACAGCUUGCUACCAAAUAUUGAUUUUAGAGAGUGGAUGUUAGACCACGCAUUGAAUCUGCAGCAAAACAUGUUUGAGAAGCUUAUGAUGGUUCUAUGGUCUCUGUGGAAGAACAGGAAUGACAAGCUUUGGAAUGAUACUUGUCAACCUGCACAUGUGUUGAUGAAUUCUGCACAUGAGUUAAGUUCAUUGGCCUGGAUUGAUGAAUUCUGCAAAGCUAGGCAAGUGGAAAAGAAGCCAACAGUUCGAGCUAAGACCUCCUGGAUACCUGCACCUGAUGGCUAA